AUGUCUGCAAAAGUGUGGCUCAUAACUGGCACGAGCUCCGGAAUAGGCCUUGCCCUUGUUCAGCAUGUCCUUGCCCAAGGGGACAAGGUCAUUGCCACUGUCAGGUCAAUGUCCAAAUAUCCCGAGGAGCUGAAGGGUGCGGAGCCCCUCGUCCUCGAUCUCGGCGCUCCCGACUCUGAGAUCCGUAAGGUUGGCGAGGCUGCAUUGAAGGUAUAUGGUCAGAUCGACGUCUUGGUCAAUAAUGCUGGCUAUGGCCUCUCCGGGCCAGUAGAGGAGUUAGAUAUGGAAGGUGUACGAGCACAGUUCCAGACGAACGUGUUCGGGACAAUUGUCCUGACGCAGUCCCUGCUGCCCCAUUUCCGAGCACGGAAGACGGGUCACAUCUUCAAUCUGUCCUCGGCCGGGGCUUAUUGGAACUACCCGGGCUUAGGAGCGUAUGCCGCUUCCAAGGCUGCGCUCGACGCGUUCUCCGAGUCGCUCAGUCGGGAGGUCGAGCCGUAUAACAUCCGCGUCAUCGUCAUCCUCCCUGGAUACUUUCCCACUAACAUCUUCGCCAAGGCACGGUCGACCGAGCGGCUGAGCACAGUAUACACGGACCCGAAGCAAGGAUAUAAAUUCAUCGAGACGUUGCAGCAGAGGCGCCAAGAGAGUGGACAGUUCGGCGACUUGGUCAAGUUCGCGCAGCGGACGUAUGAGAUCGUGCACGGCGUAGGGAUGGGGGAGGGUUUGGUGGAGAGCCAGGGUGGGAAGCGGGAGUGGAUGCGUCUGCCGCUGGGCACUGACUGCGGUGAACUGAUGCUUGCUAAGAUUAAUACCGUGAAGGAGAACGUUGAGAUGUUUGAGGCGAUAUGGAGGUCGACGGAUGUAGAUUUGGAGAGACUGAAGGAUUUCGCCCAAGCUUGA